GAAUGGCACAAGGUUCAAAAAUUGAAUCGCAGGUGAAAUGGUUACAAGGAACAAACGCUCUCUGUCACGAAUUUAUGAAUGAUAAGAAAUUGAUAAACAAAUUAAAAGACCGGAAAUUUGAUAUUGCUGUUGUAGACUACGCACCUGUUCUUUGUUUCACUAUUAUGGCGUAUAAACUUGAUCUGCCAUUUGUCUCUUUUGGUGCCUUCAUAGAUCCAACCUUAAAUCGAGUUCCAUUGAACCCAGCUUUCACGCCAACAUCUUUUUCUGCAUUCAAUGAUAAGAUGACAUUCUUGGAGAGUGUUUGGAAUACGCUGCGAUAUCUUUUGUUAGUCGCUGCUAGACCUGCAGCUCCAACGUUAGAGAACCUGGCAGUCAAGUAUGUCCCAGAAAAACCAGCUAUUUCUAACCAAGAAGCAAAACAAAAAGCUAUGCUUUAUAUACACGACAGUGAUAUUCUAUUUGAUUAUCCGCAACUGUUCCCGCCAAAUGUAAUACUUUGUGGCGGUCUUGCUGCACAUCCGUCGAAAAAAGUAUCAAAAAAUCUCGACACAUUUGCAUCUGCAAACAAAGGCUUGGUAGUUGUUUCUUUUGGUAGUAUUUUCAAAACAUUUCCGAAUAAUACCUUUGGGAAAAUGAUCGAAGCUUUUAAACAAAUAUCUGAUCUUAACUUUGUGAUUCGACAAGGAGAUAAAGAGGAGGCAAAAGACAAUAUUUUGAGACUUCCAUGGAUCCCACAGAACGAUUUACUCGGUCAUCCUCGUACCGUUUUAUGUAUAACACAUUGUGGCAGAAGUGGAAGUAUGGAGGCUAUCUACCACAGAAUUCCUGUUAUUAAAGUUCCAUUAAGUAUUGACCAACCUUACAAUGCGGGCGUUAUGGAAGACAAAGGUUAUGGUAUUAAGAUGGAUUUACAUGAUUUUUCUACUGAGGAAUUAAUUGCCAAUAUCAGGCAAGUAGCUUUUACCGAUAAGUUUAAGCGGAACAUAAAGCAAGCAUCGGACAUAUUUCACAGUCGCCCACAGACCCCUGCAGAAAGAGCAGCUUAUUACAUCGAUUUAGUUGCCAAACAUGGUGACAAACAUUUUCGACACUUUGGGUUAGAUAUGCCUUGGUAUUCGUUUUAUCUUUUUGAUGUUAUGUGCUUUCUUUUGUUAAUGAGCAUUACCUCAUCUAUUGUUAUGUAUUUAGUGUUUAGGAAAUGUAGAAAAUAUUCGAAAAACAGAACUGUAAAGCAUAAAAAAGAAAAAGAUAACUAUAAAAUUUCUGAAACAGGUCUCUUUAAGUUUACAAAUUAGUAUUAACAAUUAUUAAUGUUAUAUGGGCAAAUAGGUCUAGAUGUCGUUUUAUGUUAGUAGCUCAUAUCCCUUAUAUAUUAGCUACAGUUUGCAUUGGUGAUAGAUCCUGAUGUAAGCAGGCUAUAUUAGCAAUCGCAGGCCAAUAAGUCGUUAACAAGAUCUCCCCGUAUAACCCAGACUGGUCCUCUAUUGGGUCUCACUUCCGGCUUUCUGAUUUGUCCAGUUGCUCAAUCAUUUUAGUAAUUGUCCCGGUAUAUAUUAUUUGUACUUGUAAAAAAAGAAAACAACACGUUAUUAAUUUAAUGCGUCCGAAGCGCUUUUCUGGAUUUACCUUCAUCAGGAACGCUCAAAGCCGAAUAUUUGAAAGCCAAGUAUGUAUAAGAACCGAAACAGUUGAAGAGCUAUACAUGUAUGACCAAAAGUACCUAAAAAAUAGCCAAAUUCAUCUAAGGUCAACUUUGCCUGAGGGAGUUGAAACCUAAGUUUCUAUAAAAUUUCAAAAUUUAUAAACGAACAAUUUCAGAAAGUUUGUAAUAUAUACUUUGAUACUUGAAAAUCGUUACCUGCCAAUGGAAAAAGGCAUGUAUUACUUGACAUAAAAAUGAUAAAUAUAUCAAUUACAUAGACAUGACAAACAUCAGGGUUGUUCUCGCAGUGCGAGAAAUUAACAUUUUCUAUAAACCGGAUACUGGUUUGCUCAGGUUUCAAACGAGAAGCACACGGCGUGCGAUAUUUCCGCUAUUAUUAAAUAUUUUGCC